CAGGUGUAAGCCACUGUGCCCGGCCCUGGAGAGGUUUUUAAAAGAUGGCGGAAGGCUGUUUGGAGGAGUCCACCCCCAUCUCCCCUGUGUAAAAGGAAAGCGGAAGAGAGAACCACAAAGACGGCUUGGGGGAAAGCCAUGGAGUGAGGCGAUAAGGGCUUGUGUCCAAGGGAUUCCUGGUCACUGGAAUCCCUAUCAGGCCUGCAUUUCCUCCUCACCCCCAUCCCCUUCCUUGCCACUGGCUUAGUCCUCCAUGGGGCUAGAAGAGAGAAGGACUGAGUUGAGUGGCACCUCAGAAGACGCUGUGUGCCUUCGGAGGUCUUUCUGCCUGCCUGUCCUCAUGCCUCUCCUCCUCUUGCUGCUCCUGCUGCCAAGCCCCUUACAUCCCCACCCCAUCUGUGAGGUCUCCAAAGUGGCCAGCCACCUAGAAGUGAACUGUGACAAGAGGAAUCUGAUAGCGCUGCCUCCAGACCUGCCAAAAGACAUGACAAUCCUCCACUUGGGUGAGAACCUCCUGUACACCUUCUCCCUGGCAUCCCUGGUGCCUUUCACUCGCCUUGCUCAGCUGUACUUAGAUAAGUGCGAGCUCACCAAGCUCCAGGUCGAUGGGACACUGCCAGUGCUGGGGACCCUGGAUCUAUCCCACAAUAAGCUGCAAAGCCUGCCCUUGCUAGGGCAGUCACUGCCUGCUCUCACCAUCCUGGACGUCUCCUUCAACCAGCUGACCUCGCUGCCUCUUGGUGCCCUCCAUGGUCUUGGCAAACUCCAAGAGCUCUACCUGAAAGGCAAUGAGCUGAAGACCCUGCCCCCAGGGCUCCUGACACCCACACCCAAGCUGGAGAAGCUCAGUCUGGCUAACAACCACUUGACCGAGCUCCCCGCCGGGCUCCUGGAUGGGCUGGGGAAUCUCGACACCCUUCUCCUCCAAGAGAACUCGCUGUAUACGAUACCAAAGGGCUUUUUUGGGUUCCACCUCCUGCCUUUUGCUUUUCUCCAUGGGAACCCCUGGUUAUGCAACUGUGAGAUCCUCUAUUUUCGUCGCUGGCUGCAGGACAAUGCCGAAAAUGUCUACGUGUGGAAGCAAGGUGUGGACGUCAAAGCCAUGACCUCUAACGUGGCCAGUGUGCAGUGUGACAAUUCAGACAAGACUCCUGUCUACAAAUACCCAGGAAAGGGAUGCCCCACCCUUGGUGAUGAAGAUGACCCAGGCCUAUAUGAUUACUACACAGACGAGGACACUGAGGGUGAUGAGGUGCGUGCCACGAGGACUGUGGUCAAGUUCUCCACCAAAGCCCACACAACUCCCUGGGGUCUAUUCCACUCACGGUCUGCUGCUUCUCUAGACGGCCAGAUGCCCUCCUCCUUGCAUCCAACACAAGAAUCCACUAAGGAGCAGACCACAUUCCCACCCAGAUGGACCUCAGAUUUCACACUUCACAUGGGAUCCGCCACGUUCUCCAAAACUCCAAAAUCCACUACUGAACUGACGCCAAGCCCGACCACCUCAGAGCCCAUCCCAAGCCCAACUACUCCGGAGCCCACCCCAGAGCCCGCCCCAAGCCCGACCACCUGGGAGCCCACCCCAAGCCCAACCACCUGGGAGCCCACCCCAAGCCCCAUCACCCCAGAGACCACCCCAAGCCCAACCACCCCAGAGCCCACCCCAGAGCCUGCCCCAAGCCCGACCACCCCGGAGCCCGCCCCAAGCCCAACCACCCCGGAGUUCACCCCAAGCCCAGCCACCCCGGAGCCCACCCCAGAGCCUGCCCCAAGCCCGACCACCCGAGAGCCUGCCCCAAGCCCAACCACCCCGGAGCCCUUCAGCCGUGCGGAGGCCCACCCAGAGCCUGCCCCAAGCCCACGACCACCCCAGAGCCCCACUCCAACUCAGCCCACCCCAGAGCCUGCCCCAAGCCCGACCACCCCAGAGCCCACUCCAACUCAGACCACCCCAGAGCCCACUCCAACUCAGACCACCCCAGAGUCCACUCCAACUCAGACCACCCCAGAGCCCACCCCAAGCCCGAUCACCCCAGAGCUGGCCUCAAGCCCGACCAUCCCUGAGUCUGCCACAAGCCUGAUCACUCCAAAAAGCAUCAUAUUUUUGACUACCACAAAACCCGUAUCACUCUUAGAAUCCACCAAAAAAACCAUCCUUGAAUUUGAUCAGCAACCAAAGCUCCGUGCGGUGCUCCAAGGGCAUUUCGAGAGCUACAGAAAUGACCCUUUUCUCCACCCCGACUUUUGCUGCCUCCUCCCCCUGGGCUUCUAUGUCUUGGGUCUCCUCUGGCUGCUCUUUGCCUCUGUGGUCCUCAUCCUGAUGCUGACCUGGGUCAGGCAUGUGAAACCACACGCCCUGGACUCUGGCCAAGGUGCUCCUCUGGCCACAGCCACACAAACCACACAUCUGGAGCUGCAGAGGGGACGGCAAGUGAUGGUGCCCCGGGCCUGGCUUCUCUUCCUUCGAGGCUCACUCCCCACUUUCCGCUCCAGCCUCUUCCUGUGGGUACGGCCUAAUGGCCGUGUGGGGCCUCUAGUGGCAGGAAGGAGGCCCUCAGCUCUGAGUCAGGGUCGUGGUCAGGACCUGCUGGGCACAGUGAGCAUUAGGUACUCUGGCCACAGCCUCUGAGGGUGGGAGGCUUGUGGACCUUGAGAGAGGAGCCUAUGGGCUCUCCUAUCGAAUCUAGUUGGGGGUUGGGGGGAUAAGGAACAUAGAGUCAUGGGGAAGGGGUCUUAAUUCCUUUUUCUGUAUCAGAAGCCCUCUCUUCACACCACAGGCACACAACUUCAGUCCCAGCAAAGCGGAAGGGGUAAUGACAUGGAGUUGGGUGGGUCACAGGACAAAGCUCCCGAUGCUGCAUGAGGCGCUGCCAGACCUCCCGGUGAAUCAUUUUGGCAGAAUACAGCAUGGUUCCCACGUGCAUCUAUGCACAGAAGAAAAUCUGGAAAGUGAUUUAUCAGGAUGUGAGCACUCAUUGUGUCUGGAUGUUACAAAUAUGGGUGGUUUUAUUUUCUUUUUCCCUGUUUAGCAUUUUCUAGUUUUCCACUGUUAUUGUAUAUUAUCUGUAUAAUAAAAAAUAAUUUUAGAGUUGGGA